CUGACCAAUAUGUUAAAAGUAAUUCUGAACCCCCAAAUCCAAAUCUCGUAAAGCCCUAACCCUAGCCAAGUUCACAGCUCUUUCUUUCUUUUCACAGCUCCCAUUUCUUUUCCUUCUAAACCCCAGCUCAAAGAAACACAAAACCCACUAAAUUCUUUGAAUUAAUGGGUUCAAAACGCCCUGAUUUUGGAGAUGGUGCUAGCCCUGGAAAGAUAUUCAUUGGUGGGUUAGCUAAAGAUACUACUAUAGAUGAGUUUGUUAAGUACUUUGGCAAGUAUGGAGAGCUUACUGAUUCGGUUAUUAUGAAAGAUCGACAAACGGGUCGGCCUAGGGGGUUCGGGUUUAUUACUUUUGCUGAUCCUGUUGUUGUUGAUACUGUUAUUGCUGAGACUCAUGUCAUCAAUGGGAAACAAGUUGAGAUCAAACGGACCAUUCCAAAAGGCUCUGGCGAGUCCAAGGAUUUCAAAACCAAAAAGGUAUUUGUUGGUGGGAUUCCGACGGCAGUUACUGAAGAGGAGCUCAAAGGUUUCUUCUCAAAGUAUGGAAAAGUGGUGGAGCAUGAGAUUAUCCGAGAUCAUGCCUCAAAGCGUUCUCGAGGAUUUGGAUUUGUUGUAUUCGAUAGUGAACAAGUCGUUGACACUAUCCUUGUCAAUGGAAAUAUGAUUGAUAUGAAUGGUACAAAGGUCGAGAUCAAGAAGGCAGAACCAAAGAAAUCCUCAAAUUCAGGAGCUAUGUCAUAUGGUGGUGAACCUAGGGGGCGUGGGUAUAAUGAUAGUUAUGCUGGAUAUGGUGAUUCCUAUGGUGGAUAUGGAGCGGGUGGUGGUGGUGGUGGCGGUGGCGGCGGCUAUGGCCCUCCCUACAGAUCACUUGGAGGACUUUCGAGCAGAUAUGGUGGUGAUUCUUAUAGUGGAUAUGGCCCAAGUGGCAGUGAGUUCAGCAGUCGUUAUGCUGAUUAUGGAGGUGACUAUGGUGGUGCUUACAGGGGUGGCGAGCCUCCACUAGGUGGCUACUCUAGUCGAUAUAGCUCAUAUGGUGGUGCAGGGUACGGUGGAGCUUAUGGAGGUAGUGGUCUUGGUGGAUAUGGUCGUGGAGGAGGAGGUGGAGGCGGUUAUGCAGGAUAUGGCGGACCAGGAGGAGGUGGAGGUGGUGGUUAUGAAUCUGGUGCUGGUUAUGGUGGGGCAGGAGGACCGUAUGGAAGUAGAGCAGGUUAUGGCCCUGGUGGCGGCGGUGGCGCCCCUCCUGGCGGUGGUCGUUAUCACCCUUAUGGUAGGUAGGCUGCCCUCUCUUAACAUCUUAGUAGUCGCGGGCAGUUGAGUUCAAUGGAUACUAAGAAAAUGUCCAGAUGCUGUUGUUUUAGCCUUGAUGAAAUAGAAUGAGUUAUCAAUGGCCUUGUGGAUUUGUACUUUCCUGUAUUAGAUUGUCAUAUUUACGCUAGAUGUUUGUUAAUUCGUUCCCAUCAUUGAUUUUUUUUUUC